AUGCCGCAUUCUGUAACGCCUGAUGAAGUCGAUCCCCCAGCGAAACACGAUGAAGAGGUUCUGCCAGAUGCGCCUACGGCGGAGGAAACCGAUGAGGUCAAACCCGCAGUGACUGCUGCUGUCUCGCAGAAUGGCACUGGAGGUGUGAAGCUGGAGGAGAUGUUUGACGACGACGAUGAUGAUGAAUUUCCUGCCUCAAGUGCAGUGGAUGUUAAAAUGGCGUCGUCACCACCGCCAGCACCAGACAUGGCCAACCCAUCUGCUCCUCAACCAACAGGUGUCGAUACUGACACAAUGCUUGCGUUCUACCAGCGACUCUUUCCGUUCAGAUACCUGUUUCAAUGGCUGAACCAUGGCAUUAUUCCGUCCCCGGAUUUUGGAAACCGAGAAUUCGCGCUUACCCUACAGAAUGAUGCGUAUCUACGAUAUCAGUCAUAUGCUACUGCUGAUCUAUUUCGCAAGGACAUCAUACGAAUGAACCCGUCACGUUUUGAAAUCGGGCCAGUCUACAGCACAAAUCCUCGGGACCGCAAGACCAUGAAGGGAGGUCAAAUGAAACCUGUUGCCAAAGAACUCGUGUUCGAUAUCGAUUUGACAGAUUAUGAUGACAUUCGAACUUGCUGUUCAAAGGCAAAUAUCUGCUGGAAAUGCUGGUCCUUCAUUACCAUGGCCAUCAAGGUAAUUGACACCGCACUACGCGAGGACUUUGGAUUCGAGCAUAUCAUGUGGGUUUACUCUGGUCGACGUGGUGCACACGCCUGGGUUUGCGACAAGAGGGCAAGGAAUUUACCCGACGACCGGCGAAGGGCAAUUGCCGGAUAUCUCGAUCUCAUCCGUGGAGGCUCCCAGUCCGGAAAGAAGGUCAACCUCAAACGCCCGUUACACCCGCACAUGUCCCGUAGUUUGGAUAUUCUCAAGCCACAUUUCGCGCAGACCACUUUAAAUGACCAAAACACAUUCGCCGGACCAGAGCAGUCGGACCGCCUACUUUCACUCCUUCCCGAUAAAGGCCUCAAUGACGCGCUGCGGAAGAAAUGGGGAUCCUCUCCGGACAGAUCGAGUACGAACAAGUGGGCUGACAUCGAUUCCCUGGCGAAAACUGGAAAAAGCAGUCACCUGAACACGUCUUCGCUUCUGGAUGCCAAGCAAGAUAUUGUGUUGGAGUAUACCUAUCCACGACUCGACUCGGAGGUCAGCAAAAAGAUGAUUCACUUGCUUAAGAGCCCCUUCGUCAUUCACCCCGGCACUGGACGUGUCUGUGUUCCCAUCGAUCCUCGGAACGUUGAGAAUUUUGAUCCCCUCUCUGUCCCUACCGUAACACAACUCCUGAGUGAAAUCGACGCGUGGGAUGCGGAACACCCUUCAGGCAAUACAGGCACAGAGGCUAUGGAUGUCGAGGACAGCGCGCUCAACGAAUCUGAUGCCAAGGGUAGCCGCAAGUUGCAAGACUACGAGAAGACAAGCCUCAAACCUUAUGUCGAUUACUUCAGGUCGUUUAUUGCAAGCUUGCUCAAAGACGAGCGAACAGUCAAACGCGAGCGGACCGAAGAGACAGUCACUGGGGGAACGACUAAGAUGGAGUUUUAG